GUGACUCAUAGCCACACACAAAAACAUAUUCUAGCACUACUCUUGAAUGUUAGCAAUGGCAGUUCUAAAGCUUAAGCUUGUUAUCACCCUUUUCUUUCUUCAAGCCCUCCUCACAUCCCAUAUCCAAGCCGGCCCGGGAAACUCUGAUCUCUUUCGCGAAUACAUAGGAGCCGAAUUCGACAACGUCAAGUUUUCGGAUGUCCCCAUAAACCCUAAUGUAGAAUUCCACUUCAUUCUCUCCUUUGCCAUAGACUACGACCCCUCAGGCUCCUCUCCCACCAACGGAAAAUUCAAUGUCUUUUGGGACUCUGACAACCUCAGCCCUUCCCAAGUUUCCUCCAUCAAAAACCAACAUUCUAAUGUCAAAGUUGCCUUGAGCUUAGGAGGAGAUAGUGUCAAUAGUGGCUCUGCCUACUUCAACCCUUCCUCGAUUGAUUCGUGGGUUUCGAAUGCUGUUUCUUCACUCACAAGCAUCAUCCAGCAGUACAACUUGGACGGAAUCGACAUUGAUUAUGAGCACUUUCAAGCAGACCCCGAUACAUUUUCCGAGUGCAUUGGAAGGCUUAUAACAACCCUAAAGAACAAUGGAGUGAUCUCAUUUGCUUCUAUUGCUCCAUUUGACGACGAUGAAGUUCAGAGCCACUACUUGGCCUUGUGGAAGAGCUAUGGCCAUUUGAUUGACUACGUCAAUUUCCAAUUUUAUGCCUACGAUCAGAGCACCACGGUGUCUCAGUUCAUCAACUAUUUCAACACUCAGAGCUCCAAUUACAAUGGCGGACAGGUCUUGGCAAGCUUUAUCAGUGAUGGGAGUGGCGGAUUGUCGCCGGAGAACGGGUUUUUUAAAGCCUGCCAGAGGCUCAGAAGUGAGGGAAAACUCGGUGGAAUCUUUGUUUGGUCAGCUGAUGAUUCCAAGAAACUUGGUUUCCGCUACGAAAAGCAAUCGGAAGCUCUCUUGGCCAAUAAUUAGUACUAUAUAUUAUGAUCUUAUGCAUUGCCUUGUAUACGGGUGUGAUUAAGUAGGCUCUGGAAUUGGAUUCCAGGGAAUUAUACUGUACUUUCAUGUGUGCUAGAGUUUUUACAUAUUUCAGAUUGUCUUGUAUGAUUGUGUAAGAGUGCUACUUUUUAUUAAAAUUUUCUUAUUUUCAACA